UCAUGGCAUUGCUGGGUUAUGUUAUGUGUACCUAAUGUAAAUUGCUCUGUAGAGAAUUCUCAACACCAUAGAUAUACGUUAUACGUAUUACAAGGGGGUUUAGCAGUCUUGCCAGCUGGCCCUUUCCCGUCGAUAGCUUGUUGCCGGGCCGUUCGGUAAUUUCUACGUCAUGAAUAUUUCACAAAUGCGUUUGUAAGCAAAUAGAAGUCAUUCGCCGAAUCACCAAUCCGUCAUCGUCAAAACCCUAUCCGCCUCAUGAAUUACAUCGCGAGAGCAAGACCUCUACUAGCUACCCGGAGAAUAGGCAUUUCAACCGCAUCUCUCGCCUUCGCCCGCAAAAUGCAUAUCCAAUCAAUUCCUAUGUGGACGGGGACGAGCGAUAAUUACGCAUAUCUCCUCGUCGACGACAAAUCCAAGGAGGCUGUCAUUAUCGACCCCGCGCAUCCCGAAGAAGUUACCCCUGUCUUGAAAAAGGCAAUCAAAGAGGGCAAGAUCAAUCUCACAGCUAUCGUUAAUACACAUCACCAUUGGGACCACGCGGGUGGAAACGAUCAGCUCAGGAACGACCUAGGCGAUCCAAACCUUCCCAUCAUUGGAGGCAAGGACUGCCAAAGCGUCACACAGACCCCCGAACAUGGCAAGGGAUUCAAGCUUGGGAACAUUGACGUGAAGGGCCUCCAUACGCCGUGCCACACGCAGGACAGCAUCUGCUGGUACGUGAAGGAUGGCGACGACAAGGCUGUGUUCACCGGAGAUACCCUGUUUCACGGCGGUUGCGGAAAGUUCUUCGAAGGUACCGCGGCGGAGAUGCAUACGGCUUUGAAUAAGACGUUGGCUUCACUCCCGGAUGAUACCAGGGUCUAUCCCGGCCACGAGUACACCAAGUCCAACGCCAAAUUCGCCCUUUCGGUGCUGCCGAGCGAGGCUGUUAAGAAACUAGACGCGUUUGCGGAAAACAACAAGGAAACGCAAGGGAAGUUUACCAUUGGAGACGAGAAGUUGCACAAUGUGUUUAUGCGUGUAGAGGAUCCCAUAGUCCAGAUAGCUACCGGCAAGACGGACCCGGUGGAGGUAAUGGAUCAGCUGCGGACUAUGAAGAAUAACUUCAAGUGAACCACCACCCGAUAGUAAGGUCUAAAAGUGUAUUGUGUGCCCUUUUCACUGCAGAAAUUUGUAUCUAGAUAGUGGAAGCUGGGUAAGAUCACGGCAGUAUGUGAGGUACCUUAAUAAACACUCACUUCAUCAUUAAUAAACCUGACAAGUGAACAUGAUCUU